GAUAACUAUGACGAUGACCAAGUUGACCCCUAUCAUGGUAAACAGGAAGAACAGCAGGCCCCUGAUGACUUUGACCUUCCAGAUGACCUUAACCUUGAUGAUGACAAUGAUGAUGGUGGUAAAGAUGAUGAAAAGGAAAUGGAAGAAAAAGGUCAAGAGAAGGAGGACGACACUGCUCUACCCCCAGAAGAUACUCCUGACAAUGCUGAAGAUGAACAGAAAGUAGAAACUGAGGAUAAACAUGAACAAGAGACUGGAGAAGAUGGUGAAGAUAAAGGAGAGGAAACAAACGAGGAGGAGAAGACUAAUGAUGGUACUGAUACAGCUGAUAAUGACGAGAGACAAGAACAAGAUGGUGAAGAUGAUCCCGGAUUUACACCUCAAGAUGAGUCAGCAGUUGAUGCAGAAGAGAAUGAGAAACAAAAUGAAGCGGACGACAAAACACCAUCAGUGGAGCAUUAUGGGAAAACUUCCCAUGAUGCCACAGAGAAUGUAGAGCAGAGUGAAACAGCAAAGGAUACUGCUGGCGAGACGCCAGAAAAUGAGCAACAAGAGGUGGAUGGUUCAGGUCAAGCAAGUGCAGACCAAGUUGAAGGUCAUCAAGGUCAAAAGUCAACCAGAGUUGCAGACGCAUCUUCUAGUGGGAAAAGAAAACAGCAGGAAAGACAGCCCGGGAAAUCUGACAGUGAGAGGUCAUUGGGGUCAUCAGAUCAGAAAUACAAGAAACUAAAAACUACAGACUCUACCCUGGAUAAACAGGAGGGAACAGAAGAUAACCAGGAGUCAGAAGAACAGAAUAAAUCUGACCUAUAUGAACAUGUAAAAGACUCCAAGUCCCAUCAUGAUGCGCAGACACUAGAUGUCGCCACUGCUGAACAACAAGAGGAACAGGGGCAGAUCACUCACGAAAAUGAGGAAGAUAACUCUGAUGUUGAUGGUGAUGAGGAAAUGGCAGAAGAUGAAAAGGAUACAGAGGAUACUGGAAGAUUGGAUGAUCUGCUGUCUACUAAACUAAAGAAGAAAUCCAGAACUGAAGCAGAAAGGGAUGGAGAGGAAUCUGAGGAUAAAUGUGAAGCAGACGGCGAAAUUCAUGAACUGCCAGGGGAGAGAAUCUUGACUGAUACUGUUGCCAGGGGAAGCGACUCUACAAUACAUACUGCUAUGGAGCAUCUGUAUUUAGAUAGUAAUAUAUUUGACCUUGAGAGUCUGAGGUCAGAGUUGGAGAACCAGCUCGGAUCAUGGACACAGUCUAACCUUCCAGCUGACACAGAUGCUGAGAGUGCAGCCAGUGAGUUAUGGCACAGAUACGAGGCAUUAACUUCCAGUCUGGCACAGGAUCUAUGUGAACAAUUACGUCUAGUGCUAGAGCCUUCACAAGCCACCAAACUCAAGGGAGAUUAUAGGACGGGGAAGAGAUUAAACAUGAGGAAGGUUAUACCUUAUAUAGCCAGUCAGUUUAGGAAAGAUAAAAUCUGGCUACGGAGAACAAAGCCCAGCAAACGACAGUACCAGAUUAUGCUGGCUAUAGAUGAUUCCUCUAGUAUGGUGGAUAAUCAUUCUAAACAGAUGGCCUUUGAAUCCCUUGCACUAAUAUCAAAUGCACUGACCUUACUAGAGUCUGGACAACUUUCAAUAUGCAG